CUUCUGAAAUCUGUGGAGAUUUUUCUCUGCAGAUGCAGGAAGAAAGCAGGUGGAUGGAUGAAUAAGUAUGGCCUUGCUCCCGGUCGCCUUGCUGGCAUUCCUGAGCUUAAGCUCGGGAUGUCACCAUCAGAUCUGUCACUGCUCUCACAGGGUUUUCCUCUGCCAAGAGAGCAAGGUGACAGAGAUUCCCUCCGACCUCCCCAGGAAUGCCGUUGAACUGAGGUUUGUCCUCACCAAGCUUCGAGUCAUCCCAAAAGGAGCAUUUUCUGGAUUUGGGGACCUGGAGAAAAUAGAGAUCUCACAGAAUGAAGUCUUGGAAGUGAUAGAGGCAAAUGUGUUCUCCAACCUGCCCAAAUUACAUGAAAUUAGAAUUGAAAAGGCCAACAAUCUGCUAUACAUCGACCCAGAUGCCUUCCAGAGCCUUCCCAACCUCCGAUAUUUGUUAAUAUCCAACACGGGUAUUAAGCACUUGCCAGCUGUUCACAAGAUUCAAUCUCUCCAAAAGGUUCUACUAGACAUUCAAGAUAAUAUCAACAUCCACACAGUUGAAAGAAAUUCUUUCAUGGGACUGAGUUAUGAAAGUAUGAUUUUAUGGCUGAAUAAGAAUGGCAUUCAAGAAAUACACAACUGUGCAUUCAAUGGAACCCAACUAGAUGAGCUGAAUCUAAGUGAUAACAAUAAUUUGGAAGAAUUGCCUAAAGAUGUUUUCCACGGAGCCUCUGGACCAGUCAUUCUAGAUAUUUCAAGAACCAGGAUCCAUUCCCUGCCCAGCUACGGCUUAGAAAAUCUUAAGAAGCUGCGGGCCAGAUCAACAUACAACUUGAAAAAGCUCCCCAGUCUGGAUACGUUUGUUGCACUCAUGGAGGCCAGCCUCACCUACCCUAGCCACUGCUGCGCUUUUGCAAACUGGAGACAUCAAAUCUCUGAGCUUCACCCAAUUUGCAACAAAUCUAUUUUAAGGCAAGAAGUCGAGGAUAUGACUCAGGCUAGGGGUCAGAGAGUCUCUUUGGCAGAAGAUGAGGAAUCCAGUUACACCAAAGGAUUUGACAUGAUGUACAGUGAAUUUGACUAUGACUUAUGCAAGGAAGUGGUUGAUGUGACUUGUUCCCCUAAGCCAGAUGCAUUCAAUCCAUGUGAAGAUAUCAUGGGGUAUGAUAUUCUCAGAGUCCUGAUAUGGUUUAUUAGCAUCCUGGCCAUCACAGGGAACACCAUAGUGCUGAUGAUCCUGAUCACCAGCCAGUACAAACUCACAGUCCCCCGGUUCCUUAUGUGCAACCUGGCCUUUGCCGAUCUCUGCAUUGGAAUCUACUUGCUGCUCAUAGCCUCAGUUGAUAUCUACACCAAAAGCCAGUACCACAACUAUGCCAUUGACUGGCAGACAGGAGCAGGCUGUGAUGCUGCUGGCUUUUUCACAGUCUUUGCCAGUGAGCUCUCGGUCUACACUCUGACAGCCAUAACACUGGAAAGAUGGCACACCAUCACCCACGCCAUGCAGCUAGAAUGCAAAGUGCAGCUCCGCCAUGCUGCCGGUGUCAUGCUGCUAGGCUGGAUCUUUGCCUUUACAGUUGCUCUCUUUCCCAUCUUUGGCAUCAGCAGCUACAUGAAGGUGAGCAUCUGCCUGCCUAUGGAUAUUGACAGCCCCAUGUCACAGCUCUAUGUUAUGUCUCUCCUUGUGCUCAAUGUCCUGGCCUUUGUGGUCAUCUGUGGCUGCUAUGCUCACAUCUACUUCACAGUGAGAAACCCCAACAUCGUGUCCUCCUCUAGUGACACCAAGAUCGCCAAACGCAUGGCCAUGCUCAUCUUCACGGACUUCCUCUGCAUGGCACCCAUCUCCUUCUUUGCCAUCUCUGCCUCCCUCAAGGUGCCCCUCAUCACGGUGUCCAAGUCAAAGAUCCUCCUGGUCCUGUUCUACCCCAUCAACUCCUGCGCCAACCCCUUCCUCUAUGCCAUCUUCACUAAGAACUUCCGCAGGGAUUUCUUCAUUUUGCUGAGCAAGUUUGGCUGCUAUGAAACUCAAGCCCAGACUUACAGGACAGAAACUUUAUCCACUGCCCACAACUCCCACCUGAGAAGUGGCCACUAUCCUCCAGGUCUCAAGGUUACCAAUUACAUGCUUGGCCCUCGAAGCCACUUAGCCCAGAACUAAAAUAUUAUGAGCAAAUAUCUUAGUGUUGAGUGAUAACUCAAGUCUCACCUUUGAUAUGGCAUAGCUGACAGUACUUCUGCAUACUCCAGUCUAAUCUUCCUAGCACAGUUAGAAGGUGGAUUGCUUAGGAACUAUUACUCCAUAUGAUCAAUUAGGAAGCUCAAGUAGUAACAACAUUCAUAAUUAAAAUAAUACUACAUUUGUUUUAUCCUUUACAAUGUUCACAGUGCUUUCGUUCAGAUCUCAACUUUUACAGAUCCCUAUAAAAGUUUUAUUAAAUGGGCAAAACAGGAAUUACUCUUGGAGUUUUAUAGACAAGUAAACCAAGACUCAAAGGCUUAAGUGAACUGUUCCAAAUGGCUUGGCAUGUCAGAGGCAGAACCAGGAUUAGGUGUUGUGGUCUCCAAAUAACUUCCAAGGGAAGCAGCACAAUAUUCAUUCACUCGUUUGACAAAUAUUCAUUGAGUACCUAUGUGAUGGCUUUGUUAUGUGUCAACUUGAAUAGGCUGAACGUCACUACCCAGAAUUCCCUUAUGUGUUUCCCAUCAGGGUGCACCACAGGGAAGGUUCUUGGGAAAAGAAAUCAAGGGAAGCUCCAGCCACUGGCUGAUCAGCUGAUAUAGCUCACUGCUACAAAGCAGCUACCGGACGUGCAAGUUCUCCACCUUCCCCUGGAUCCUCCUUUAGGUUCUCGGACCCCUGAGCCAGGUAUAUGUGCUUCAAUCCACGAUGAAGAACCCCAGCUUCCACAAAACUUUUUAUGAAUAAGGGGGGAGUCAACAAGAUGGAAAUAGGGUUCAGUUUGACCUCAUGGGGUUCAGCUCAUGCUCUAUCUUCCAGCACGUUUGCCAUCUUACCUUUAUCCCUGCCUCCCCUCUGGACUUAAGCUCUAGCAUCACAUGUAGAGAUGACAUCCUUAUAGAGAAUGCUUAACCAAUAUUCAAAAUUGCAUUAGCCAAGUCCCUGUAACAAAUAUUUACUGCACACAUGCAUGCAUGCCUUGUUCUGCUUCUUUAGAUGAACCCCAAUUCGUAAAAGAUAGAACCUACUAUAUGGCAUGCAUAUAGGUUAUAAUGUUAAGAAUAUAGCAGCUUUGGAAUUAGAACAGAGAUUUUAUCCUAAGUCUAUAAUAAACCAGGAUAAAGCAGGACAUUACCUCUCUAGGCUCUGUUUCUUCCUUUAUUAACUGGCAUUGGUUUUAAUUCCUACCUAUUGGUCUCAUUAUAAGAAUUGGGUAAGAAAAUGGGUACUAACAGGAUUGGUAAAUUUUAGUUUACUUCUUUCCACGGAGACCAAUGCCUGGACUAGUGCCCAGUUCUCCUAACCCUUAAUCUAGAACUCAUUCCAUUA